GUACUUGAUCUCUUUUAUAACCGUCCUUCAACCUCUCGAAGACCUAAUAUCCAUCACACAGGAUCCAAGAUCGAAUCUACGUAAACCGACAGGAUGGCUGUCCUUUCCAUCGAGCAACACCCCUCUCUUCCUCCCGUCGGAGACGCCCUCGCGGGAGCUCUGGGUACGGUGUUCGCAAAUAUCUGUGUCUACCCGUUAGAUGUCGUCAAGACCCGCACCCAAGUCGCGAAAGAUAGUGAGGACGACACCGCAGCGACCAGCAAACCAAAAGCCAAGUCCACCGUCGCUGCAGUUCUGGAUCUGAUCAAAUCCCCAUCAGAAGCGUACGCCGGACUCUUCGGGUCGUUGAUCGGGAAUGCGUCGACCAGCAUGGUCUUCUUCUACUUCCACACGCUCUUCAAGACCCAUGCCGCAAAGCGUUUCUCCACCGACGGCAAGCUCAGCAUCCCGGCUGAUUUGGCGGUCGGAGCACUCGCUGGUGCAAUUGCCCAGAUCUUUACAAUCCCGGUUAAUGUUGCUACUACGCUGCAGCAGACUCUCCCGCCGUCGAGGAGGCAGGACUUGAUGGCGACUUGUCGGACGAUCGUGCAGAGUGAUGGGGUGAUUGGGUUGUGGAAGGGACUUGGGGCAAGUUUGGUUUUGUGUGUUAACCCUGCUAUCACGUAUGGGUUCUUUGAGAAGGUUCGGGAGUCGUUGUAUGGGAACACUGGAGGAAAGUUGACGCCAGGACAAGCCUUUGUCGUCGGAGCCAUUAGCAAGGCGAUUGCGACGAUUGUUACGUAUCCCUACAUUAUGGCAAAGGUCAGGCUGCAGGCUGGAGCGGAGGCAGCGAACCCUUUGGUGGAUGGCACAUUGCAGGAAAAGGAAAACGCCAUUACGGUGCUGCAGAAGGUAUUGAAGAGGGAUGGGUUAAAGGGUUGGUAUCGUGGUCUUGAUGCGCAAAUCUACAAGGCGGUCUUGACUCAGGCCAUCCUCUUCUAUGCUAAGGAGCACUUCACACGGUACACAAUUUUGAUGUGGGCGAUGGCGAGGAAUAUGAGAGCCAAGGUGGCGGCAAGAUGA